CCUAUUUCAGACAGUUUUCUCUUUCAUUUUUCACUCGUGGCUUGAGCUGUGUUUUCUGGUGAAAAUGUAACAACAAAGGCAGAAAAUCUUUUUCUUCACAGAAUUUAUUGUGAUGAUAACUGAUAGGGCUGCCAUGGGAUUAAUUAAGAUUGCAGAGAAUUUGACAAAAUUACCGAAUAGUCCCUGAAGACAUGUGACUGAGGAUGACUGCGCUGAAUUUUUGUUCCUCUUUCACCAAAAUGAAGUUUUAUUCCAUCAAGUACUGAGUAAAAUAAGUAACUAUGUUUGGACUUCUUUUUUUUAUUUUAUUCACUCCUGGAGUCAGCGAAUUUCUUUGUACAUCGUCAGAUCUAGAACUGUCAUAUACUUUUUGUGAUUCUACAGCUCAUGCUUUCACAUUUAAUGUCACACCUUGCAAUAUCGUGGACAAAUCAGACUGGAGCGCUGCUCUUACCUGGAUUCCAAGAAGUGACAUCACCUUUUUGACGGCUGUCUUCAAUGUCUGGUACGACGGUGCCAGAGCGUUACAUUGGAGAGAAGUCCUCUGCAGCGGAGCCGACGACAAAUAUUCAGUGUGCGGAAUGCUAAAAGGAGAAACAGUUGCAUCAUCAUUUGAAAUUAAAGGUGCAAGAAUAAAGUUUCCAAAGGGCAAUUAUAACAUUAUUUUACAUGUAUUCUCUGAUAUUCCUGAGAGUAAUAUGAUCAUGUGCUUGAAUUUCACCAUGAUAGUAAAACAAGACAGUUUCUGAAUGCAACAAACAUUUCAAAUAACUCCAGAAUAUGGAGGUCGCUUCUACAAGCAACUGGAAUCCAAGCUGUGAAAUAAUAAACACACUAAUUUUCCUGAGGUAGAAUACACCAUGUACUGUCUGGAAAGCUACAUGAGGGAUGGUCUUAUCCAUUUAUAGCACUGCUGUAAUCAGAUGCUCAGUCAAUGUGCACAAAAUCUCUGUGAAUCAGGCAUCCUGAUUAAUCCACAGAAUAACCCUGACUGGAGGCUCAGGCUGAGGACUAUAUUUCAGUGCUGUGCUUUGAGUUACAAAAAAGUUGAGUUCUUCAGACUGUGCUGAACUAAUACAAGAAGUUUUGAAGUGCAAGAAUCAGAAGUUCUCCAAUACUCAACAUAUAACAACAUUUGAAUCUUGGAACCCUGUGGUGGAUUUGUUUGUUUGUUUGUUUGUUUGUUUGUUUCUUUUCAUAAUAAAACUUGUUUGUACAAUCAA